CGGGAUGCCUGGGGAUUCCGGCCGGCUUUCCGUCACUUGGAACUGGCCAAGGUGCGCAGUUAAAGGAGCGCUCACGAACGGAGGCGCAGACCAAGCUGCGUACAACGCGCGCCCACCUCCUGGGGAAGGAACCGCGAGGCCGGGACCGCGGCGGCAGCGCGCUGGGACCGUCGCGGGGAUGGAGCGCAGGGGGGUGGCGGCGGCGGCGGCGUGCACGCUGCUGCUGGCGCUCGCAGCCUGCUUGGCGCCGGCGAGAGGCGAAGAAUGUGUCAGUGGGAGUUUUCGCUGCGGAGAUGGGCGUUGUAUCUAUGCAUCCUGGAGGUGUGAUGGGAUCAGCGACUGUUCGGAUAACUCCGAUGAAAUGAACUGCCCUCCCCAUUCCUGCCUGUCUGACGAGUUCCGGUGUACCUCUGGGAUGUGCAUACCUCAGUCCUGGGUGUGUGACGGCGAGGACGACUGUAGCGAUGCCUCCGAUGAACGGCAGCAGUGUCAUCCGGUAACAUGCUCAAGCCAUCAGAUGACAUGUGCCAGUGGCGAGUGUGUCCCAAUCGAAUACCGGUGUGACCACGUCAAAGACUGCACUGAUGGAACCGACGAGAAGGACUGCCAAUACCCAACAUGUGAGCAGUUUACUUGUGCCAAUGGAGCCUGCUAUAACAUGACUCAGAGGUGUGACGGGAAUCUUGAUUGCAGGGACUCAUCUGAUGAAGCUAACUGCACUCAGCUAUGUGGGCACGACGAGUUUCACUGUGCCAGUGGAGAGUGUAUCCCUAAAACCUUUGCCUGCGACCACAACUCUGACUGUAGAGACGGCAGUGAUGAAUAUUUUUGCACGUAUCAGACCUGUAGAGGCAACCAAUUCACUUGCCCAAGUGGCCAAUGUAUUAGUCAAAAUUGGGUUUGUGAUGGAGAAGACGACUGUAAAGACAAUGCAGAUGAAAAUGGAUGUGACAGCAGUCAUCAUCGUAAAUGUUACCCAAGAGAAUGGGCUUGUCCAGGUUCUGAAAAAUGCAUCUCAAUUGAAAAAGUUUGCGAUGGGCAGGUGGAUUGUCCUGGAGGAGAAGAUGAAACCAAUACAACUGCUGGGCACCAAUGUGAUGUGUCUAUGUGUCCCACCUUGAGCUGUCAGUUCCAAUGCCACAGCUCACCAUUCGGAGGGGCAUGUUAUUGUCCUCCAGGAUAUAUCAUCAAUGGAAAUGACAGCCGUACCUGUCUUGAUUUUAAUGAUUGCCAGAUAUGGGGGGUUUGUGACCAGAUUUGUGAAGACCGUGUUGGCCAUCACCAGUGCCGCUGUGUAGAAGGAUAUAUCUUGGAGCAUCAGCGGUAUUGCAGAGCUCAUUCUUCCUCUGGCGAGGCCACUGUCAUCUUCUCCAAUGGUCAGGAUUUACUAGUUGGUAAUAUUCAAGGAAAUAGCUUCCAGGUCCUGGUACAUCCUGAAGGUCGUGGAAAGGCUGUGGGUGUGGAUUUUCACUACGACCUCCGAAAGGUCUUUUGGACAGACGUCAUGAGAGGAAAGGUUUUUUCAGUUCAUAUUAAUGGUUUGAAUCUCCAAGAAGUCCUCAAUGUUUCCGUUGAUGCUGCAGAGAAUCUGGCUGUGGACUGGGUUAAUGAUAAACUUUAUGUCGUGGAGACUACGGUCGGCCGCAUAGAUUUAGUAAAUUUGGACGGAAGUCACCGAGUUUCCCUCAUCACUGAAAAUUUGAGGCAGCCUAGAGGAAUCGCCUUAGACCCAACUGUUGGAUAUUUAUUUUUCUCAGAUUGGCAGAGUCUUUCUGGGAACCCUAAGGUGGAAAGGGCUUUCAUGGAUGGCUCCAACCGUAAAGAUUUGGUAAAAACAAAGCUGGGAUGGCCUGCUGGGAUAACUGUGGAUAUAGUAUCAAAACGGGUUUAUUGGGUUGAUGCCCGCUUUGAUUACAUUGACACUGUGACUUAUGAUGGACUUCAAAGGAAGACAGUUGUUCAAGGAGGCUCUGCCAUUGCUCAUCCCUUUGGAAUAAGCCUGUUUGAAGGGCAUGUGUUCUUUACCGACUGGACAAAGAUGGCUGUGUUGAAGGCAAACAAGUUCAGGGACACCAGUCCCCAAGUGUACCACCAGUCUACCCUGCAACCUUAUGGAGUGACUGUUUACCAUGCCCUCAGGCAGCCUCGUGUUAGAAAUCCAUGUGAAAAUAACAAUGGAGGUUGUGAACAGGUGUGUGUCCUCAGCCAUAUAACAGAUAAUAAUGGUUUGGGUUACCGCUGCAGGUGUAAAAUUGGCUUUGAACUGGCUGGGGAUAAUCACCGCUGUGUUGCUGUUAAGAACUUCCUGUUGUUUUCAUCUAAAAUGUCUGUUCGUGGGAUCCCAUUCAGCACUUACCGUAAUGAAGACGUCAUGAUUCCUGUGACGGAAAGUCCUUCUUUAUUUGUUGGGAUUGAUUUUUGUGCCGAGAUGAACUCUGUCUUUUUUUCGGAUAGACUAGGAGACGUUAUUGCUAAACAAAAGACUGAUGGCACAGGAAGAGAAAUUCUCGUACCUAACAGGGUGGACGGUGUUGACAGUCUGUCUUUUGACUGGAUUUCAAAGAACCUCUAUUGGACAGAUUCAAUUUAUGGUGCUAUCAGUGUCCUGAGGCUAGCUGAUAAAUCGAGACGCACAAUAAUCCGCCAUUUGGAUAGUCCACAAUCAAUUGUAGUUCAUCCUAUCAUGGGGUAUAUAUUCUAUACUGAUUUAUUACGUCCUUCUAAAAUUGUGAGAGCGUGGAGUGAUGGAUCUCACUCUUUGCCUAUAGUAAACACUACUCUUGGAUUGCCCACUGGGUUGGCCAUAGAUUGGGGUGCUUCAAGAUUGUACUGGGUGGAUGCAUUAUUUGCUAAAAUCGAGCACAGCAACUUCGAUGGUUUAGACAGAAAAAGCCUGGGCCCUAUAGAGGAGGUGACAUAUCCAUAUGGAAUUACCAUCGUUCAGGACUAUGCGUAUUUUACUGACUGGAGACUGAAGGCUAUUGUUCGAGUUAGGAAAACUGAUGGUGGGGCAAGGACCAUUAUCCGAAGAGACAUUGAUGAAAUCAUGCUUGUGAAAGCAUAUGAUGCUAAUAUCCAGACCGGUUCUAACGCCUGCAAUCGACCCAGCAAUCCUAAUGGCGACUGCAGCCACUUUUGCUUCCCGGUGCCAAAUUUCCAGCGGGUGUGUGAAUGCCCCCUGGGAAUGAAGCUGUCAUCCAAUCACCUGACAUGUGUGAAUGACUCAUCCAGUCAACCACCAGUAGAACAGUGUGGCAACUUUUCCUUCACCUGCAAAAAUGGCAGAUGCAUCCCCAGUGAAUACCGCUGUGAUGGAGUUGAUAACUGUCAGGAUAACAGUGAUGAGCAGGAAUGUGGUUUAUUUAAUAAUACCUGUUCACCUAUGGCAUUCACCUGUGGCCAUGGACAUUGUAUCCCCUUACAAUGGCGCUGUGACAGGUUUACUGACUGUGUGGAUGGCAGUGAUGAGCAGAACUGCCCCAACCAAGGAGCUGCUUCUUGCCCUCCGAACCUCUACACCUGUGAUAAUAACCAUUGUAUCCCAAAACUCUGGGUCUGUGACACGGAUAAUGAUUGUGGGGAUGGAUCUGAUGAAAAGAACUGUGCCUCUGAAGAUGCUUGCCAAUUUAAUCAAUUUAAAUGUCCUGGCCAUCGAUGUAUUGCCCUGUCUUAUGUCUGUGAUGGGGACCGUGACUGUGCUGAUGGAGCUGAUGAGGUUGGUUGUGUUUACAACUGCACAGCUUCUCAAUUCAAGUGUGCCAGUGGGGAUCAAUGUAUUAGCAACAUAAACCAUUGUGAUGGUGUUUAUGACUGCCGCGACCACUCUGAUGAGAUCGGCUGUCCAACCAGGCCUCCUGGUAUGUGCCACCCAGAUGAAUUUCAAUGCCAAGCAGAUGGCUCCUGCAUCCCAAAAACCUGGGAGUGUGAUGGACAUCCAGACUGCAUCCAAGGAUCCGAUGAGCAUCCUGGCUGCCCCCCCAGUACCUGCCCUGAAUCUCGCUUCCGCUGUGACAAUGGAAUCUGCAUCUCAAAAAUGUGGCUCUGUGAUGGGGACAAUGACUGCGGGGAUAUGAGUGAUGAGAGGGACUGCCCUACUCAGCCCUUUCAGUGCUCCAGUGGGCAAUGGCAGUGUCCCGACCACAACAUCUGUGUGAACCUGACUGCAGUGUGUGAUGGUGUUGCGGACUGUCCCAAUGGGGCAGAUGAGUCCCCACUUUGCAACCAGCAGAGUUGCAUACAUGAUAAUGGUGGUUGUACUCAUGACUGUCUUCAAGGGCCUUUUGGGGCUGAAUGCAAGUGUCCAUUGGGUUUUCUACUUGCCAGUGAUUUGAAGACAUGUGAAGACAUCAAUGAAUGUGAUACUCCAGGCUUUUGUAGCCAGCACUGUUACAAUGAGAUAGGUUCUUUCCGAUGCUUUUGUGAUGAAGGCUACGCAUUAGAAGGUGACAGGCGGACUUGCAAAGUUGCAGGGUCUGACAGUCUGUUGUUACUUGUGACAAAUAAGAACCAAAUUGUUGCUGAUAAUAUCACUUUCCACACUCAAAAUAUCUAUCCACUGGUCGAGAAUGGUUCUCACAUUGUAGCUAUUGAUUUUGAUUCAAUCAGUGGUCGUAUCUUUUGGUCUGAUAGAAUUGAGGAUAAAAUCUGGAGUGCAUUUCAAAAUGGAACAGAUAGAAAAACAGUGCUUGACAUUGGUGUCACCAUGACCGAAAGUAUUGCAAUAGACUGGGUAGGUCGCAAUCUUUAUUGGACAGACUAUAUUCUGGAAACAAUCGAGGUCUCUAAAAUCGAUGGGAGUCACAGGACUGCGCUGAUUAGUGAAAAUGUAACAAACCCAAGGGGACUAGCAUUAGACCCUAGAAUUAAUGAACAUCUGAUGUUCUGGACUGACUGGGGCAGUCACCCUCGUAUUGAGCGAGCCAGCAUGGAUGGCACCAUGCGAACUGUCAUCGUCCAGGACAAACUCCACUGGCCCAACGGCAUAACUAUUGACUAUCCUAACAAACUGCUCUACUUUGUGGAUGCCUAUUUUGAUUACAUAGACUUUUGUGAUUAUAAUGGAUUACGUCGAAGGCAGGUGAUAGCCAGUGAUUUGAUUCUGCGGACUCCCCAUGCCCUAACUCUCUUUGAAGAUUCUGUAUACUGGACUGACCGUUAUACUCGUCAAGUUAUUCAAGCCAACAAGUGGCAUGGGGGGAACCAGUCGGUCUUGAUUUAUAAUAUUCAUGAUCCCCUUGGGAUUGCUGUGAUUCAUCCUGUGAAACAACCAAGUAGCAGAAAUUCAUGUGCCUAUGCCCCUUGCAGCCAUCUCUGCCUGCUUUCCUCACAGGGGCCAAGGUUUUACUCCUGUGCUUGUCCUUCGGGAUGGAGCCUCUCUCAUGAUUCUGUGAAUUGCUUGAAAGAUGAACAACCUUUCUUAAUAACUGUAAGACAGCAUGUAAUUUUUGGAAUCUCCCUUAAUCCUGUGGAAAAGAGCAAUGAUGCCAUGGUUCCCAUAGCUGGGCUACAGAACGGUGAUGAUGUUGACUUUGAUGACACAGAACAUUUCAUCUAUUGGAUUGAGAAUCCAGGUGAAAUUCACAGAGUGAAGACAGAUGGCACCAACAGGGAAGUGUUUGCUCCUACAACUAUUUUGGGGUCUCCUAUGAGCUUGGCCUUAGAUUGGAUAUCAAGAAACCUUUAUUACACCAAUCCUGGAAGCCAUUCAAUUGAGGUUCUGACACUCAAGGGAGAUUUAAAAUACAGAAAAACACUGAUUACCAAUGAUGGGACAACUCUUGGAACUGGUCUCCCCAUUGGCAUAACUAUUGACCCUGCUCGUGGGAAACUGUACUGGUCGGAUCAAGGGACAGGCAGUGGGGUUCCCGCCAAGAUUGCAAGUGCUAACAUGGAUGGCACAGCUCUCAAAACACUCUUCACUGGAAACCUUGAACACCUGGAGUUUAUCACCUUGGACAUCGAGGAGCAGAAACUCUACUGGGCAGUGACCAGCACAGGAGUUAUUGAGAGAGGAAACGUGGAUGGCACAAAUCGAAUGAUCCUGGUACACCACCUUUCCCAUCCGUGGGGAAUUGCAGUCUAUGAUUCCUUCCUUUAUUAUGCUGACUAUGACUAUGAGACCAUUGAACGAGUUGACAAGAACACUGGGAAUAACAAAAUAGUCUUGAGAGAUAAUGUCCCAAAUCUCAGAUGCCUUCGAAUUUAUCACAGGCGUAACUCUGCAGAUUCCACAAAUGGCUGUAGCAACAACGUGAAUGCCUGUCAGCAGAUUUGCCUGCCUGUGCCAGGAGGGUUGUUCUCUUGCGCCUGUGCCAGUGGAUUUAUACUCAAUCCUGAUAAUCGGACCUGCUCUCCACAUAGCUCUUUCAUUGUUGUUUCAAUGCUCACUGCAAUUAAAGGCUUUAGCUUGGAUUUGUCAGAUCACGGAGAAGCCAUGGUGCCAGUGGCAGGCCAAGGUCGAAAUGCGCUGCAUGUGGAUGUUGAUGUGCAUUCUGGUUUUAUUUAUUGGUGUGAUUUCAGCAACUCUGUUGUAUUUCUGAAUGCAAUCCGUAGAAUCAAACCAGAUGGGUCUUCUUUUACAAAUAUCGUUACAACUGGGAUAGGAGAAAAUGGAGUCCGGGGUAUUGCAGUGGAUUGGAUAGCAGGAAAUCUUUAUUUCACCAACGCUUUUCGGUCUGAAACCCUGGUAGAAGUUCUGAGGAUUAAUACCACCCACCGCCGUGUUCUCCUUAAAACCACAGUGGAUAUGCCCAGACAUAUUAUAGUAGAUCCCAAGAACCGAUACAUCUUCUGGGCUGACUAUGGACAGAACCCAAAGAUUGAACGUGCCUUACUUGACUGUACUAAUCGGACUGUGCUCGUAUCAACAGGCAUUGUCACACCACGGGGUUUGGCUAUGGACCGUAGCACUGGCUUCAUUUAUUGGGUUGAUGAUUCUUUAGAUAUAAUUGCAAGGGUCCAUCUUAAUGGGGGUCCAUCUGAAAUGAUUCGUUAUGGCAGUCAAUACCCAACUCCUUUUGGCAUCACUGUUUUUGGAAAUUCUAUUAUAUGGGUAGACAGAAAUUUGAAAAAAAUCUUCCAAGCUAGCAAACAACCAGGUAACACAGAGCUGCCAAGAGUGUUAAGGGACAAUAUCAAUUUGCUACGAGAUGUGACCAUGUUUGACCCCCAGGUCCAGCCUCGAUCACCAGCAGAGGUCAACAACAACCCUUGCUUGGAAAAUAAUGGUGGGUGCUCCCAUUUCUGCUUUGCUAUGCCUGGAUUGCAGGCCCCCAAAUGUGGCUGUGCCUUUGGGACCCUGCAAGGUGAUGGGAAGAGCUGUGCCAUUUCAACAGAAAAUUUCCUUAUCUAUGCCUUGGAGAAUUCCUUAAGAAGCCUACACUUGGACCCCGAAAACCACAGCCCACCAUUCAGUGCAAUACAGGUAGAAAGCACUAUUGCAGACCUGGAAUAUGACAGUAUAAAUAAUAGAAUCUACUUUACACAAAAUGGACAUGGACAUGGCCAGAUUUCCUAUAUCAACCUGUUUUCAGGGAUCCAUUCUGCAACAGUCAUUGCUUCAGAUAUAGGGAUUGCUGAUGGCAUUGCCUUCGAUUGGAUCAAUAACAGAAUUUAUUACAGUGAUUUCCUCAACCAAACAAUUAACUCCAUGGCCGUGGAUGGGUCUCAGCAUACUGUGAUAGCCCGUGUUCCAAGACCAAGAAAUAUUGCAUUAGAUGUUUGCCAAGGGUACAUGUACUGGACUGACUGGGGCAACACUCCUAAGAUUGAGAGAGCCACGCUGGGGGGGAACUUCCGGGCACAAAUUGUCAACAGCAGCCUGGUCUGGCCCAAUGGGCUCACUCUGGACUUUGAGGAGAAACUUCUCUACUGGGCAGAUGCCAGUCUGAGGAAGAUCGAGCGCUGCACUCUAACGGGCAUGGACCGUGAAGUUGUUGUCAGCACAAUGUUACAUCCUUUUGCCUUGACUGUCUAUGGGCAGUAUAUUUACUGGACUGACUUGUUCACAAAAGGAAUUUACCGAGCUAACAAAUACGAUGGGUCGGGUCAGAUGGUGAUGACCAUGAAUUUGCCCAGGCAGCCUACGGCUAUUCAUAUUCGUGAUAAGGGCCAGCAACAGCAGUGUAGCAAUCCUUGCAGCCAGUUUAAUGGGGGCUGCAGUCACAUCUGUGCACCAGGUCCUAAUGGGGCCGAGUGCCAGUGCCCUUCUGAGGGCCAUUGGUAUUUGGCCAACAACAACAAGCACUGCAUUGUGGACAGUGGCAGCCGGUGUAAUGGGUCCCAAUUCACCUGCUUCAAUGGGCACUGCAUCUCUGAGCAGUGGAUAUGCGACAACCAUGAUGACUGUGGCGAUGGCAGUGAGGAGCUGGAAAUUGUCUGUGCGUUUCACACCUGCUCGCCAACAGACUUCACCUGUGACAACGGGCGAUGUGUCCAAUACCAUUUUCGCUGUGAUCACUACAACGACUGCGGUGACAAUAGUGAUGAGAUAGGAUGCCAGUUCAGGAACUGUAACUCCACCACGGAAUUUACUUGCAAUAAUGGAAGGUGCAUAUCUCUUCAGCAUGUCUGCAAUGGUAUAAACGACUGCCAUGAUAAUGGCACUUCAGAUGAGAAAAACUGCCCUGAUUUCACUUGCCAACCUGGAUACGUGAAAUGUCAGAAUACAAAUGUGUGUAUCUUUCAUCGUUACUUGUGUGAUGGAGACAAUGACUGUGGAGAUAUGAGUGAUGAAAACCCCACGUAUUGUGCCUCUCAGACGUGCGCUGUCAGUGAUUUCCGGUGCACAUCUGGGCGCUGCAUUCCUGGUCAUUGGUAUUGUGAUGAAGAAAGAGAUUGUUCUGAUGGCUCUGAUGAACCUGCCUCUUGUGAGUACCACAGUCGAACAUGCCCAAGUCAGCAGUUCACGUGUGAUAACCGGAGGUGCAUCCCAAGUGAUUGGAUCUGUGACGGUGAUAACGACUGUGGGGACAGGAGUGAUGAAGAUGAAAGGCACCAGUGUGAGACUAGAACUUGUUCGAGUUCCGAGUUUUUCUGUGAACACAGCAAAUCUUCCUCCAGAAGGUGCAUUCCCCGAUUCUGGGUCUGUGAUGGUGAGGCAGAUUGUUCUGACGCGGAUGAUGAGAAUCAGAAUUGUACCAGGAGAACUUGCUCUGCAAAUGAAUUCACUUGUCGUAAUGGACUGUGCAUCCGUAACACGUUCAGGUGUGACUGGCGCAACGACUGCGGUGACUACAGCGAUGAGAGGGAGUGCUCGUACCCAACCUGCAGUGAGACUCAGUUUACCUGUCAGAAUGGGCGCUGCAUUCCUAAGGCUUACACUUGUGAUGGCGAUAAUGACUGUGGAGAUGAAUCUGAUGAGCUGGAGCACCUGUGUAGCACCCCAGAACCCACAUGCCCUCCUCAUCAGUUCAGGUGUGACAAUGGACACUGCAUUGAGAUGGAGAAGAUCUGCAACCACAUAGAUGACUGUGGUGAUGACACUGAUGAAAGAGGAUGUGGCAUUAAUGAGUGCAACGACCCUUCAAUCAGUCGCUGUGAUCACAAAUGCACAGACACCCAAACCAGUUUCUAUUGUUCUUGUAAUCCUGGUUAUAAGCUUAUGUCUGACAAGCGGUCUUGUGAUGAUAUCGAUGAGUGCAAGGAGAUGCCCUCUGUCUGUAGCCAGAUGUGUGAGAACACAGAGGGCUCCUACAUUUGCAAGUGUGCCCCAGGCUACAUCCGCGAAUCUGAUGGAAAGAGUUGUCGGCAGAACAGUGACAUCACACCCUUUCUCAUUUUUAGCAACCGAUAUUAUUUGAGAAAUCUAACUUUAGAUGGCCAGUUUUACUCCCUCAUUCUGCAAGGUCUGAGCAACGUUGUGGCAAUGGAUUUUGACCGCGUAGAAAAGAGAUUGUACUGGUUUGAUGUACAGAGGAGAGUCCUUGAGAGAAUGUUUCUGAAUGGGACCAACAGGGAGACAGUCAUGAGGGACAAUCUACCAAAUGCAGAAGGUCUGGCUGUAGACUGGGUUGGCAGAAAGCUCUACUGGUUGGAUGCCCACCUGAAUUGCCUCUCUGUUGCUGACCUCAAUGGUCGAUACCGCCGCAAGCUGGCCGAACACUGCGUGGAUGCCAACAACACCUUCUGCUUUGAGAAUCCCAGAGGAAUUGUCCUUCACCCACAAUAUGGGCAUAUCUACUGGACAGACUGGGCUCACAGAGCCUACAUCGGAAGAAUAGGCAUGGACGGAACCAACAGAUCUGUGAUUAUCUCUACCAAGUUAGAGUGGCCCAAUGGCAUCACCAUUGAUUACACCAAUGAUAGACUCUACUGGGCAGAUGCCCACCUGGGUUACAUCGAGUACUCCGAUUUGGAGGGUCACAAUCGGCAUAUGGUAUAUGAUGAGACACUACCUCAUCCCUUUGCCAUUACCAUUUUUGAAGACACCAUUUAUUGGACAGAUUGGAAUACAAGGACAGUUGAAAAAGGAAACAAAUAUGAUGGCUCAGGCAGGAUGGUGCUGGUGAACACAACACAUAGACCGUUUGACAUCCAUGUCUGUCACCCAUACAGGCAGCCGUUUGUGAACAAUCCCUGUGGUACCAACAAUGGUGGCUGUUCUCAUCUCUGCCUUAUCAAAGCGGGGGGCCAAGGAUUCACCUGUGAGUGUCCAGACAACUUCAAGGCCAUCAGAGUCGGUGAGGGCACGCACUGCCUGCCCAUGUGCGCCAGCACCCAGUUCCUGUGUGCUGACAACGAGAAGUGUAUUCCUAUCUGGUGGAAAUGUGAUGGACAGAGAGACUGCGCUGAUGGCUCUGAUGAACCAUCUCUUUGCCCACUGCGCUACUGUCAGCUCGGACAGUUCCAGUGCACUGACGGCAAUUGCACCUCCUCAUACUCAUUAUGCAAUACUCGCCGAGACUGCCCUGAUGGGUCUGAUGAAGACCAAAUCCUUUGUGAGAACCACCACUGUGCUUCCAAUCAAUGGCAGUGUGCCAACAAACGUUGCAUCCCAGAAUUCUGGCAGUGUGACAGCGAGGAUGACUGUGGGGAUAACUCAGACGAAGAUAGUUCCCACUGUGCCAGCAGGACAUGCACACCAGGCCAGUUUAAGUGUAACAAUGGCCGCUGCAUCCCUCAGAAUUGGAAGUGUGACUUUGAAAAUGACUGUGGAGACCAUUCGGAUGAGCCCAUCCAAGAAUGCAUGGGACCUGCCUAUCGCUGUGAUAACCAUACGGAAUUCAGCUGUAAAACAAACUACCGCUGCAUCCCACAGUGGCGAGUGUGCGACGGUAGGAACGACUGCAUCGACAACAGUGAUGAGCAAGGCUGUGAGACAAUGACGUGCGAUCCUGUGGGCGAUUUCCGUUGUAAUGAUAAUGUCUGUAUCCCCCUUCGCUGGAAAUGUGAUGGGAACCAUGACUGUUCAGAUGGAUCAGAUGAAGAAAACUGCGUCCCCCGGGAGUGCACGGAGAGCGAAUUUCGAUGUCACAAUCAGCACUGUAUUCCCUCUGUGUGGAUCUGUGACCAUGACAAUGACUGUGGGGACAACUCAGAUGAGCUGGACUGUGAGAUGAGGACCUGCCAACCUGGAUAUUUUCAGUGUGGGAGUGGACACUGUGUGCCUGAACAACUGAAAUGUGAUGGAUUACCCGACUGUCUUGAUGCCUCUGAUGAAGCCACUUGUCCUACCCGCUUUCCCAAUGGUGCAUAUUGUCCGCCUACUAAGUUCGAGUGUAAAAACCAUGUUUGUGUUGAGCCAGCUUGGAAGUGUGAUGGUGAUAAUGACUGUGGCGAUGGUUCCGAUGAAGAACUUCAUCUGUGCUUGGAUGUUCCCUGUGACUCACAGUUCCGUUUCCGGUGUGAUAACAACCGCUGCAUUUACAGCCACAGGCUGUGCAACCAUGUGGAUGACUGUGGAGAUGGAAGUGAUGAGAAAGAGGAGCACUGUAGGCCUCCAACCCCUAGACCUUGUACAGAAGAUGAAUUUAAGUGUAACAAUGGACAUUGCAUUGCACAGAACUUAGUAUGUGAUGAUGUUGAUGACUGUGGAGACCGUUUUGAUGAAACAGGUUGCAAUGUAGGAAAAGAAAGAACAUGUGCUGAAAAUCUGUGUGAACAUAAUUGUACCCAAUUAAGUGGAGGAGGAUUUAUCUGCUCUUGUAGACCUGGUUACAGAGCCAGUACUUCGGACAGAAACUCCUGUAUAGACAUUAACGAAUGUGAGGAAUUUGGGGUUUGCCCCCAGAAGUGCAAGAAUUUCAAAGGAAGUUAUGAAUGUCUCUGUGCCGAAGGAUUUGUAUCUAUGGGUGAACCCAAGGGGAAACGGUGUGCAGCUGCAGGUAAUGCUCCUUUGUUACUUCUGCCUGACAACGUUCGAAUCCGAAAAUAUAAUCUCUCAUCUGACAAGUUCUCAGAUUAUCUUGAAGAUGAGGAGCAUAUUCAAGCUAUUGAUUAUGACUGGGAUCCCGAGGGCACAGGCCUCAGUGUGGUAUAUUACAGCGUGCUGGGGCAGGGAACUCGUUUUGGUUCUAUCAAACGGGCCUACAUCCCCAACGUGGAAACUGGUGGCCAUAAUAUGGUGCAGAAAGUUGACCUGAACCUGAAAUACAUACUGCAACCAGAUGGAUUAUCAGUUGACUGGGUUGGAAGGCAUAUUUACUGGUCAGAUGCCAAGAGAAAACGGAUCGAGGUGGCUAAGCUUGAUGGAAGGUACAGAAAGUGGCUAAUUGACUCUCAACUGGAUCAACCAUCUGCGAUUGUUGUGAAUCCAAAACUAGGGUUUAUGUACUGGACUGACUGGGGAAGUGAACCUAAAAUUGAGCGUGCCUGGAUGGAUGGGCAGAAUCGGGAAGUCCUCAUUUCCACAGACCUUGGUUGGCCAACUGGCCUUUCUGUUGACUAUUUGAGCAAGGACCGGCUCUACUGGACCGAUCUCAAGGAGGAUGUUGUUGAAUCCGUAAGGCAUGAUGGGACUGAUAGGAGAAUCAUUUCAAAUGAAGCAGGGUACCCUUACAGUCUGGACAUCUUUGAAAGCCAGUUGUACUGGGUGUCUAAGGGAAAGGGAGAAGUAUGGAAGGAAGAUAAAUUUGGAAAAGAACAGAAAGUAAAAGUGCUGACAGUGAACCCUUGGCUCACUCAAGUUCGAAUCUUUCACCAACACAGAUACAAUCAGUCAGUGCCCAACCGCUGUAAAGAUGUCUGCAGCCACCUCUGCCUACUGAAACCUGCUGGAUAUAGCUGUGCCUGUCCCCAAGGCUCCAGCUUUAAAGAGGGGAGCACCACUGACUGUGAUGCAGCCAUCGAACCUCCUGUCGCCAUGCCCCUCGCAUGCAGGUGUAUGUAUGGAGGAACUUGCUAUUAUGAUGAGAGUGGCAUCCCCAAAUGCAAGUGUUCUGAUGGCUACACGGGAAGCUACUGUGAAGUAGCGUUUUCAAAAGGCAUGUCUGCUGGAACAACGGCCAUGGUGACAUUAUUGACAAUCAUCUUGAUCCUCAUCAUUGGAGCUUUGGUAAUUGGAGGAUUUUUCCGCUAUAGGAGAACUGGCACCCUUUUGCCUUCUCUGCCCAAGCUGCCAAGCCUAAGCAGUCUUGUCAAAUCUUCUGAAAAUGGAAAUGGGGUGACCUUCAGAUCAGGGAUGGAUGUUAACAUGGAUAUUGGAGCAUCUGGUCUUGGGUUUGAAACUGAUAUUGACAAAUCAAUGGCUAUGAACGAACACUUUGCCAUGGAGACAGGGAAGCAGCCUGUAAUAUUUGAAAACCCAAUGUAUGCAACCAGAGAUAGCACCAUCAAAGUGGCUCAGCCAACCCCGGUGACUGUAUCCGGAAAUGUGGAUAAUCAGAAUUAUGAAACUCCCGUAAAUCUUUCAGAGCUAGCUCCAGAGAUGAUGCAGACUUCCUCAGGUGCUGGUGGAACUCAGGCAACCAAAUGGAGUUUCUUCAAACGAAAACCAAAACAAGAUACCAACUUUGAAAAUCCAAUCUAUGGAGAGAAGGAGAAGCAGCAAAUGGACGACGGUGCUGAAUCCCCUCCCCUCUCAGCUCCCCUCCCUGCUGAGAUGCCUCCGAGAAGAGAGCCAACUGCAGGCUACUCUGCAACAGAAGACUCUUUUAAAGACACCGUGAAUCUUGUUAGAGAGGACUUAGAGGUAUAGCUGUGACAACUAAAUAGGGAAUAAUCAGAAACACACUUUUGCACGUAUAUUUUUUACAAAACAGAUGGAAAAAAGUUAACAUUCUGUACCUUAUUGAAAAAAAUAUAUUUUUUCUCCUUUUCACCUGUAGUUGGAAGCGUCUGGAAACUAUGCCUGUGUCUUUUUUUUUUUUAACAUGUGCCAUCUCAUAUAUUUACAAAUAAUUAUCACGAUAUACUAUAUGUAUAUCUUUGCACUGAAACUGUCUGAAGGUAAUGCUAUAAAUAUAUUGUACAUUUGUAAAUUUUGGAAAGAUUAUAAUGUCAAUUGAAUUUGAUAAUAAAAGUAUCUGCCCAAUUUGUCUGAUUCAACGAGGAAAACAACUUGCGCCAUUUCUAAAGGAAACUUGCGUCAUUUCUAAAGGAGAGGCAUUACUCAUAUUUCCUACAGAAUUAUCCAGAAAUGAAGCCAGGCCUCACUCUUGAGUCUGUUUUUAUACAUUGGCACUUAAUUGAUGUUCAAUAUUUACAUGUUAGCCUGAUUAAUGGCUGAAUUAGUGAGGGGCACUGUGUAUUGGAUUAACAUCUGAAUUUGACACCUCAGAUACUGCAGAAGGUAGAAAAUGCAUUUCAGUUUAGCCCUUCUGCAUGUUUGUGUUGUCUAACCAGAACACUCCCUUCAAAAUGCAUUAUCUCACUAGCUUCCCAGACAACAUUUUUAUUUCUAAUGUCAGUGAGAAAAUUUUAUGUCAUUAAGUGCAAAUGACAUGCAGUGAGUUUGUAUUUAAUUGGAUGAACUCUUUUGCGCAACGGACCAGAGAGUAAUUUGCCUGGCAUCUCAGGUGGUCACCUACCCUAGUAACUGGAACUCAGUAGCUGAAAUACUAAAUCCAAUCUGUGUCUUCAUAAAAUAAGGUGCAAAACAAGUACCAGUUAAGCAAAUUCUAAACUGGGUUUUUGUUUCUGUGUAUGAAAAAAAUAUCAUUAUUUUAACUAUUUAUUUCCUAAGCUGAACAUGAUUCAAAAGGGAAAUUGUUCUUCUUGAGCCUUUUUUAGGUCCUUUGACUAAAUCCAUACAUUUUUAUCAGAAGGUACUGUAUAGCCUAGCUGGUAUUAUCUCUACAACAGGAUGGUUUUGUAGAAAAUCUGGGAGCCAUGGCAGGAGUAUACAAUUUAUAUAGUAAGUGCCAUUCCUGGCUAUCUGUGCUAAUAUUGCACAUUUGCAAUAGAUAGAUAGAUGGAUGGAUGGAUGGAUGGAUGGAUGGAUGGACGGAUGGAACCU